AUGUUAGCCCGUGCGACCAACCCGGUCAAUAUCUGCCUGCGAUGCCAGAGAAAUCUUGCCAGGGUCAACCUCAGUCUACCCAGCGGUGCAGAGUCCGUCCACAAUCGGGGCCUACGGCGAUGGCAGAGUGUAGCGACACAUCAACUACCGCACGAAGAAGUUGGCGAAGUCCAUGAGGACGACGCUAAACCCUCCUCUGAAGGCAUCGAUGCGCAACUCCAAGCUACAUUGCCGUCUCGGCCUAACAACCUCCGACGUCUGAAUUUUCGAAAAUGGAAGCCCAAACCCACUGCGCAACUCGGGGUCAAUUCCCUGGGCAAACCUGCGGAGGUGCUGCUCCUGCCCACAAGAGAUCGUCGAAUACCUCAAGUGCCCAAAGAUGAAGGGAAGGAAAAGAUGCUUGGGAGCACACUGCAAGAGUCCAUCGCCUCGGAGAACGUCCCGCUGAGCGGACAGAAGCUGGCGGAGAACAUCGAGCAGGUUCGCGCCUUGGUGGGCAAGAUGCGCGGGCAGCUAGAAAAGCACGAGUGGACAACAUUAAAGAGGCACCUGCAUAGUGGAUUUCAGAAACAGCAGUUGAGAAAGUACAUUCGCCUGCGCCGAGGCAAUUUCUCUUUCCCAGAGGAUCUGGAGAAAUGCAACAAGAGGGAUCUCAUCAAAUAUUUGGUGGAAGAAGUCUGGGGCUUCACGACUCCGGUGCACGAUGAGUCUGUCGUUUCCACAAGCAGCCAGUCGAAGAUGGCCUUGACCCUGACUGAACCCGUCAAAUUCGACCACCUCCUCAUGCAUCCCAGUCAGCCGCUGAAGACAAUCGCCGAAGAGUUUGACGUCCAGAUCGAUGUUUAUCCGUCACAAUUUAAAAUUAGAACAAUGGGAUCCAAAGCCAACGCCCAGCAAGCGCUGCAGAGGAUUUCUCGUUACGCCAAGAAUCUGGGACAGAUUGUGAUACAGUUGAAGGGCACCCAUCGUGCCAUGUACCAAAGUCUUGCGACAAGGAAUUACUUGAAUUCAUACCUGAAAUCAAUCCAGCUGAAAUACCCAGGGUUAACUAUCGGCAUGGACGAGCAGUGCAUCAGAAUUGUCCACCUUGCCAAUCAGCGUGGUGCUGACCAAGCCCGUCGUGAGAUCCUGCUUUCUGUGUCAAUGGAGAAUGUUUCAGAGAAGUCGCUCGUCUGGCCGCGAAUGGACACAUCGGCGUCUACCCACCAGCCUUUCCCGACUCCUCCUGAAUUUCCUGCGCUAUUCCAUCAGUCUCCGUGGCUGAGGCUGGUGUCUACCACCCCAGGUUUGCAGACUUCCAAUGCUGGCACUCGCACAGAUAUCGCACUUGCACCGGUUCUGCAAGGUCUCCAGGAUGCCUUUGAUCAGGUCUCUGGACUUCGCAAUGCGGACAGUCGUCAGGAACUCUACUAUGAUGUGACAGCCAAAUUUGGGCAAGCUUUGAUGCAAGAGCUUCCACACUCUGCGACGGGCACUGUCAAUGAUGGUCCUCCUUCGUCCACCACUCUGGGUGGUCAAGGGUCAAUCAGUGAAGGUUCCACAGAAGCAAGAACAGAGCAACCAGAGAAAACGUACGGAACUCAGAGACAACAUUUCGUCGGAGGGGGGGCUUUUUUGGCACAACACCUUGCGUUGAUGGAACCAUGGGUUGAUCACCCACGAAACCCUUCACAGGAUAUUGACAAACACACCCGGGCUAUACUGCGUCUUGAGCUUUCACCCGUUCCAAUCUCGAAAGACUUGCCGUCUUUUGAGGUGUUUGUCACCGCAGGCGAGGCUGUUGGUGGACAGCGACCCCGACUCAAAAUCAUUCGGGUAUCGGCCAUUCACCAAGAAAAGCAUUUUACGGUGCUGUGUCCACACUCUCACGUGGACGUGCAAUUCACGCAACGGCUCAAGCAAGACCUCGUCUACCCUGGAUCUUCCGAGAGCGACACCGUACAACUCUUGACGAAUGCCCUGCGUGCCUAUGUCGGCAAUGCGCAAGGUCACAGUUCUUCGGAUUGGGUGUUUCUGCCAUUUGUCGGCCUACAAGUACACCCCGAUUUGCGAGAGGCGCACAAAGGGGCUCAGCGCGUCGUCGGUAAAGACGAAAAGCAGGGUACUCACCGAGAAGCAGCGACAGCAGGCAAGAAAAGCUCUCGAGGGAUGGCCGAGAAGAAACAGGAAUAUAUUCUCCGGUCAGUAGACGUCAUCGACAUUGAUUCGCGGCUCUUCUUGAUGGAGUCCUUCAAGCUCUCUAGGACCAAGUCUAGUCCCAAGUCGACCUCCACGCGCACGACCAAGCCCACAGCAAAGUCUUUCUGCUUGGACCACGUCACAUACACCGGCACGACUGCUACGAGACAAGAGAUUCGUCUUGCAGAGCGACCCUUGCUGUGCUCUCCCACGUUGACACAACCGGAUUUGCCUGUGUUUGUGCAGGCUGCCCUGGACAUAGUCAAACGACUAGACAGAGACCCGGUGAAGGCCCCUAUGGCCAAGAUGGCUCUCUGA